CUAUCUUUCACUCCCACAACAACAAACCUUAUUCCCGCCUUUGAAAGAGAAAAGGACCGAAAGAAGACUCCUCCUUCGUUCUUUCCUCCAUUUCUCCUUCUUUUCUCUGAAACGCAACCAUGUCGAGGCGCGGAAGCAGCGGGCAAAGAGCUACUCCAGCGCCAUCUCCAUCUCAGAGAGGUGGAAGAGGUGGCCGCGGCGGAGGAGGUAGAGGCGCUCCUCCUCCUCAGCAGCAGCAGCGACCAUCGCCAUCUGCAUCAGCAGCUCCAGCUGCAGCAUCUGCGUCUUCCUCUGUAAGCCGCGAUUCCGAGCGGCGUGUUUCCUUGGAGGAACGUUCUACGCCAGCACCGUCGACGGCGCCCGCCCCCGCGCCAGCGCCAGCACUGGCGCAGCAGCUGCCGCCACCAUCAUCGACGAAGGCGAUCCGAUUCCCCGCUCGGCCCGAUUUCGGAACUCUCGGCUCAAAGUGCGUGGUCCGUGCGAACCACUUCCUUGUCGAUAUAGCUGAGGACAAGGACCUAUGCCACUAUGAUGUUUCUGUUUCUCCGGAGGUUGCAUCCCGAGCCACAAAUCGUGCCAUCAUCCAACAGCUCGUAGCAACCUAUAAGGAAUCACAUUUGGGUAGAAGAAAGCCUGUUUAUGAUGGUAGAAAGAGCCUGUACACUGCUGGGCCUUUGCCAUUUGACUCGAAAGAAUUUGUCAUCAAGUUGGUCGACAAAGAUAAGACAGGUUCCACUAGUUCAACGACCAGAAGGGAGAGAGAGUUUAAGGUGGCAAUUAAGUUUGCUGCUCGAGCUGAUCUGCACCAUCUGAAGCAGUUUUUGCGAGCUAGACAGUUGGAUGCACCACAGGAGACAAUACAAGUGCUUGAUGUGGUGCUAAGAGAAUCGCCUUCAUUCAAUUAUACUCCCGUGCAAAGAUCUUUUUUCUCUCCUGAGUUGGGUCAAAAAAGUUCUCUAGGUGAUGGUUUGGAGUGUUGGAGGGGAUUCUAUCAGAGCAUCCGCCCUACACAGAUGGGGCUUUCGCUGAACAUUGAUAUCUCAUCAACGUCAUUUUACGAACCAAUUCCAGUUGUAGAUUUUGUAUCUCAGUAUCUCAAUUUGCGAGAUCCAACAAGGCCGUUAUCUGAUACCGACCGCGUUAAGAUAAAGAAGGCCUUGAGGGGAGUAAAGGUCUAUGCCUCCCACAGGAAGGAGUCAUCUAGACAAUAUCGAAUUUCAGGGAUAACUGCUCAGCCAAUGAGCCAGCUGACAUUUCCCAUUGAUGACCAGGGGCAUACCAUUUCUGUCAUUGAGUACUUCAAAGAGAAGUACAGAGUUGUCCUCCGCAAGAUUUUGUUGCCAUGUCUUCAAGUUGGCAGUGAUGCCAGGCCAACAUACUUACCUAUGGAGGUUUGUCAAAUUGUUGAAGGGCAGCGAUACUCAAGGAAAUUGAAUGAGCGGCAGGUUACUGCCAUCUUGAGGGCUGCUUGUCAACGUCCUGCUGACAGGGAGAGGAACAUCCAUGAGAUGGUUGUGCGCAACAAUUACAACAGGGAUCAGUAUGCACAGGAGUUUGGGAUUCAAGUUCAAGACAGACUUGUUUCUGUUGAUGCUCGUGUUUUGCCACCUCCUGAGCUCAAGUAUCAUGCUAGUGGGCGGGAGGCAAACUGCCAUCCUCGAGUGGGGCAAUGGAACAUGAUCAACAAGAAAAUGGUUAAUGGUGGCAAUGUCGAAUACUGGACAUGCAUAAACUUCUCACGUCUGCCUCCAGAUGCAGUUCAUACAUUUUGCCACGAACUGGUUGGCAUGUGUCGAAAUAUAGGAAUGACAUUCAGCCCCAAUCCAUUGGUGCCCAUCCGCGCAGAUCGCCCUAAUAGGAUUGAGAUGGCUCUGAUGGAUGUACACAAACAAGCCACUGCAAACCUACAAAGUGGAGAUAAGAAGAAACAUCUCCAAUUGCUUAUUAUCAUUUUACCUGACAUGAGUGGUUCAUAUGGAAAGAUAAAACGUGUCUGCGAAACGGAGUUGGGCAUAGUGUCGCAGUGUUGCCAACCGAGACAGGCAUCCAGAGUCAAUAAACAGUAUCUUGAAAAUGUUGCCUUAAAAAUUAAUGUCAAGGUUGGAGGUCGCAACACAGUGCUAGCUGAUGCCCUUGCGGGUCGUAUUCAUAAAGUAACUGAUGUUCCCACGAUAAUAUUUGGUGCUGAUGUCACGCAUCCAUCUCCAGGAGAGGAUUCCAGCCCGUCAAUUGCGGCAGUUGUAGCUUCAAUGGAUUGGCCAGAGGUCACCAAGUACCGGGGUUUGGUCUCGGCACAGCCGCAUCGGCAGGAGCUGAUAAGAGAUCUGUUUCAAGUUGUGCAGGAUCCUCAGAGAGGUUCUAUGAACAAAGGGAUGAUCCGAGAACAACUGAUUGCAUUCAGGCGAGCAACGGGACAGAAGCCUCAUCGCAUCAUAUUCUAUAGGGAUGGUGUGAGCGAAGGCCAGUUCAGUCAAGUUUUGCUUUAUGAGUUGGAUGCAAUUAGGAAGGCCUGUGUUUCAUUGGAGGAAGGAUAUGUUCCACCGGUGACAUUUGUGGUAGUGCAAAAGAGACACCACACACGACUUUUCCCUGCAGACCAUAGGGACCGUAAUUCAACUGACAGGAGUGGUAACAUCUUACCUGGAACUGUUGUCGAUACGAAGAUAUGCCACCCAAUUGAGUUUGAUUUUUAUCUCUGCAGCCAUGCUGGUAUUCAGGGAACAAGCCGUCCCACCCACUAUCAUGUUCUGUGGGAUGAGAACAAGUUCACAGCAGAUACAUUGCAAAAGCUAACAAACAAUCUCUGCUACACGUAUGCCCGAUGUACUCGCUCAGUGUCCAUAGUUCCUCCCGCAUACUACGCUCACUUGGCAGCAUUUCGUGCAAGGUACUACAUGGAAAGUGAUGUAUCAGAUGGUGGGUCCACAUCAGCAGCUGGUGGAAACACCAGGGAACGGAGCACAGAGGUCCGCCCGCUGCCUCAAAUCAAGGACUCAGUGAAGGAAGUAAUGUUUUACUGCUGACAAAUGACUACUUCACUCAUCUUGACAUGACAUACGUGGAUAUUGAAAUUGAUUCUUCUUGGAUAUAUGGUGUACAUGGCACAGUAUAGUUGGUCCUUCCUCACACCCAGGAUGCUUUUUUCGUUCUCCUUUUUCAAACUGGAGAGUGUCUGUGAUGAGUUACAGGCGGAAACGUUUUCUUGGUUUUUGUUCCACCCUGACAAUGCCUUUUUGCUAAUAGGAAUCAGAUGAGCUAUUCUUGUUGUGAUUCA